ACCUGAAUGCAGCACAGCAUUUUUCUUCAGCAGUUUCCCUUUAAGUGCGGAUGAAAGGCUGUUAUGUAAUUUGGGUAAAAGAGGAGGAAGAGCAGCGGACUGAAUGGAGGACAGCCGGCACUGACAGCUCGAAGAGGACCCUGACAGGAGUCUGCAACGAUGGAGCUGAAUGUGGCCAAAAUGAUAAUGCUGGCAGGAGGUGUCCUGGUUGUGCCCGUGCUCGCUUUCGUCACCUCCUUCCUGUUCUGGCCUGGAGCGCUCCUCAAGGCGUACAACUGGUAUUGGCGCCGCAGGCUCGGAUUGGUUGUCCGCUUCUCUCACAGUGGGAAUUACCACUUCUGUUAUUCCACACGCGGGGCACCAGGAGGCGCAACACCAUCACUGCUGCUGCUCCACGGCUUCUCUGCCACCAAGGAUAUGUGGCUACCUGUUGUCAAGUUCCUCCCUAGAAACCAACAUGUGGUGUGUGUGGACAUGCCGGGACACGAGGGGACAAGUCGCACCGGUCCAGAGGAUUACAGCAUCCGUGGUCAGGUUGAACGAAUCCACCAGUUUGUGCAGAGUAUCGGUCUUGAUAAAAGACCCUUCCACCUGGUCGGCACGUCAAUGGGUGGCAACGUUGCAGGGGUGUACGCUGCCACUUACCCCACCCACCUAUCCAGUGUCACCUUGGUUUGCCCGGCAGGCCUGGUUUACCCGACAGACUCGGAGUUCAUCAGUCGCCUGAGGGAGCUGGAGAUGGGUGAGAAGGAUGAGUCGAUCCCGCUCGUCCCCACCACCAUUCAGGAGCUCGAGGACAUGCUGAGACUCUGUUGUAACACCCCCCCAAAACUCCCCCGACAGGUGCUGAGCGGUCUCCUUGCCAACAGGAUCCCAAACAAUGAUUUCUACAAAGAAGUGUUCAUGGAGAUUGUUGGGGAGAAGUCUCGCCACUCGCUACAAGAAAACAUGCAUCUGAUCACAGUGCCCCUGCAGGUUAUCUGGGGGAAGGAAGACCAGGUGCUGGACGUUUCGGGCGCCGCUGUGCUGCAGGGGGCGCUGCCUCACUGCCAGGUGACGGUGUUGGACAGUUGUGGUCACUCUGUGGCUCUGGAGCGACCGAGAAAAGCCGCCAAACUCAUCACGGACUUCCUGUCUGAGCAGGCAGUCAGCGAUGGCAACGUAAAGAAAGUUUCUUGAAGAAAAACCUUUGAACUGUACUCUGACUCCUGACCUCAUGAUGAUGAAGGAGAGGAGAAGGAUGAUGAGAUUUCUACAUCAACGUUUAUGUCUGUAAAAAAAAAAAAAACCCCUGAACAAACGCACAAAAGUAUUACUUUACUUUAAGAUAUUCCUGAUGUUUUCAUCUGUAUGACUCUUACUCACUGCCCUGCAGGCAGCUGAUAUCCAUAAUCUUUAGAGUUUAAUGUCAUGGUAUCAGUCCUCGUUUUCACGUUUCACUUUCAGAAAACUGCAUUGUAGUCUUCUGUUUACAGCUGUUUGUGAACUAUGCAGUGGACUGACUGCAUAAUUAACAUCACAAAAACACAUCAGACUGAAUUUACAAUGAAACAUUUACUGUUGAUAUGUGAUUUGUAUCCUUUAGCUAUUAACUUUAAUAUAUAAAGUUUGAAAAAUGGUGGAAUUAAAAGAUUUUGUGUGUUUAA